GGCCCCGCCCUCCGAGGCCCCGCCCCGCCGGCAGCGCCCGUUAGAGCCGCCAGGGGGUGCGCGCGGCGCGGUUGCCAGGAGACGGCGCGCGCGGCCAUGGCGCGGUUCGGCGCGGGGCAGUACGAGGACGCCUUCACCCCCCACCGCCUGCAAAACUGGAGCGUGCCCCGGCCCAGCCGGCAGCAUCCCACGCUGCAGGACGGCCCCACGCAGAUCAUCGCCAACGACCGGGGACACCUGCUCCCCACCGUGCCCCGCUCCCAGGUCUCCCCAUGGGGCACGUUUGUGGGGACGUGGGAGAUGCCGCCCCGGAUCCCCCCGGCCAGGCUGAGCCUGACGUCCCGCUCGGCCGCCGCCGCCGCCCGGCUCACGGCCUGGACCCGCCAGCCCACGGCGCUGCGCCGCGCGUGCAACGGCGUCCGCACCGAGAUCACCGGCAAGCCUGAGGAGCUUCGGACGGAUGGACAAACCGCCCGGGAGCCUUCGCAAAGAAGCAAUAGGGCGCCCGGCGAGGGGACAGAGCUCCGACAUGGGGACACGGGGUCACCCCAAAUCUCAGCCUCAAGUGAGCCCAGUCCUGGGGGAGCCACCGCGCUGGGGGUCACGGCUCCCGGCCAGGGUGAGGAAGGGGAGGGCGGCGGAGGAGCCUGAGGCCAGCGCCCCGCAGCCCGCACUUGUGUUUUGUGGCAAUUGGGAUAAAUAAACGUUUAACCAAAUAA